AUGUCAAGCAUCACUGCUUCUGGUCUCCUAGGCCCUAUCGCCGCCUUAAAUGGCUGGACCUUAGUCAUGGAAGUAUGGAUGUACGCCGUCUGCAUUCCGGUUUAUAACAGAAACAAAGCUACAAACCAGAUCACCAAGAGCCAAAUGGACUCACAGAUGCCUGCCCCUGUGCGCUGGAAGCGAGACAACCAUAACCAUCUAUUUGAACAGCCAACGCAAUUCUACGCGAUUGCUUUAGCCCUGGUGGUUGCCUGUGGAGGCAAGAUUGCCCAACUGGAUUCGAUUCUUGCCUGGACAUACGUUAGCGUCCGUGUUUUGCAUAGCCUGGUUCAAUCCACGACAAAUACUCUUAUGGCGCGAUUUUUCCUGUUUGGCUUCUCAUCGAGCAUUCUGGCAGUUAUGACUGGAAGACCGGCCAUGCCUGUUCUCUAA